UUUUUCAUCGCCAACCUUAAGGUUGCGCGGACGCAAGAGAAGUGGUGAAGGAGAAGAUCGGUUGGGAGGAACGACGAAAUUUUAUGUGCGUACUGAAUUGCUGCUGCUGCUGCUGAUCCGCGAUUGCAAAAUCCCCCAAACAGAUUGUGAAAAACGUAAAUCCCUGUCCCGUUCUCGGGAACCUGUGUGUUGUGUUUAUCCGUCGUGUGUGCGCGCAGGAGAGGCAUGUUCCAGAGCAACAGGAAGAUCGACCAGCAGCAGCUUCACGACGACCAGUUCGACGGCAGCAGAUAGUCAAUGGUUGCUUUGUGUGUUGUGGCCUCCCCCGAGAUCCGAGACCUGGAAUAAUAUUCGAGCGAGCAAAAUUGCAUCCAAGAGUGUCGUGGGGAAUUGGGCAUUCUGCGAAAGUCAAGCAACAUCCGACACGGAAAAGUUUCGCGAAAGUGACCCCGGAUUCCUUCCUGGCCUGCAAAACUUGCUGCUGCUUCCAUUGCUUUUGCUUGAGAGUGAGAAAUAGAAGAAAAAAAAAACACAAGUGAAGGAACUCUGCUGGCGAAUUUUGCCAAUCUUCUUCUGUCCAGCCCACCCGAUACUCAUCAUUAGAUAGUUUGCUACCCACAGUACUGAGCUAGAACCAUCAACCAUCAACAUCAAUCAUCGUCAUCCACAUUGGAGUUAUAAAUUGAUUUCGUUAAAAACCAUCGAUUCGGCCCAGCAGUUCAAAAAUUUGCACACCCCAAACAAAAAUCUCUUAGGCUUCUUGUUAUCAUCGCACACGAACUUGUUCAUUACGGUUGAACUUUUCAAAUUUGAAUUCAACAAACCAAAUUGGUCUUCAAAACCAACGCAAAAACCGGUCUCCAAAACUCCCCCUCUCUUGUUGCCCCGCCCUGCCUGGAUGCUGUUGUGGUGAUGUUCUCGAACGGGCUUCCCUGCAAUCUGCCCUUCCCCAGCUGCCUCGGGGUGCCAAAGGACAGCGGAAGCGACGAGCUGCUGCCGACCGCGAUGGGAAGCCGCGAGCCGGUCAUCCUGAACGUGUACGACAUGUACUGGAUCAACGAGUACACCACCUCGAUCGGGCUGGGCGUGUUCCACUCGGGCGUGGAGGUGUUCGGGACGGAGUUUGCCUACGGUGGGCACCCGUUUCCGUUUACCGGAGUGUUUGAAAUCUCGCCCCGUGACCACGACGAGCUUGGGGAUCAGUUUCGGUUUCGACAAAGUAUACAGAUCGGCUGUACAGACUUCACCGAGGAGGAGGUCCGCCGGAUCGUCGAGGAGCUGGGGAACCAGUUCCGGGGUGAUCGGUACCAUCUGAUGAACAACAACUGUAAUCACUUCUCCGGUUCGCUUACCCAGAUUCUCUGUGGGCAGGAGAUUCCAAGCUGGGUGAAUCGCUUGGCGCACUUCAGCUCGUGCGUACCUUUCCUGCAGCGCUGUUUACCAAAAGAAUGGUUGACUCCCAAUGCCUUACAACAAUCGAUAACAGCCAUACAGGAUCGUGACUCGGAUUCCAGUCCAUUUUGAGAAUAGCUUUUAGAUAGUACCACUACUACUACUACUUCUAACAAUAUGACCGACAAGAACCUGGCGGCGCCCACUUCCGGAGGAGCUACAGCAGCGAACACCAGCGCGGCAGAGGAUGACAAAACCAGCUGCUAGGAGGUUCGAACUUUUUGUUAUUUAAAACUUUUUAUCGCCAAUGAGUGUUGUUUUUGUAUAAAUUUACCCUUUUUUCACUGGAUCUGGAUCUCCAAAAAAAUACUUUUUUUUACAAAACCCAAGCAAACCAAAUAAAAAGAAAAGCAGCAACAAAAGCAAACGUCUGAUUGUGUAACUAGGUUAGAACUAUUUUAAAAUGAAACUUUUUUCAUCACACUCUCAACCACCAUCUGCGUGCGGAAAUGUUCAUUUUUGGUUAUUCCUUCCCCUCGAUAUUACUGCAAAUAGCAACAAGUGAAUCGAUUUGUAGCAAAAGACGACAACAACAAAACCACGUGUAACAUAUAUGGAAACUUUAUCGUUGAUGCAAGCGAUGGAGAAAGUAUUUGUUUCACACUAAACUUAAUAACAGAGAAUAACAAAACAAAACAAGCUAGAGAAUAAUGGUUAAGCGGACAAGAGUAAAGAAAAACACAUGUAAUUAAAGAAUACCUAUUGAACUUUAAAAAAAAGCAACAAAUCAGUUGAAUGCGAGAAAGAUUUAAACACUGUUUAAACGGCAACUAAUUAAACUAAAUGAUUUAGGAUAACCGCGGGCAGAAUCUAAUUGAAUACAGAAGAAACAAAACAAAAACUCAUUAGUGUAUAUGUUGUGUAUUUAAAGCGUGCAGUGUAGUGCAGGAGAGUACAUUGAACAUUAGAGUUUAUUUGAAGAAGAAAAAAAAACGAAUUAAGAGUGAAUUAUAACGUUGUUAGUUAAGCCAGAAGAGAUGACAAUGAAUCGAAGACAGGAGCUCCACUUAUUACACUAGAGAAAGAGCGCGCGCGUAAAUCAGUAGGAUUUAGAUCGGAGGAAGAAUCGAGCAAAACCAAACAACAACCAAGUGUGUGUGUCGUUAAAAUCGAGCGGUUUGUAGGCAAAAAUAACGUAGGAUAAACUGUUACAGAGCUCUCCUGAAGGCCGGGUAAUUAAACCACUCUUUAGCUCCAUUUGUUUAGAACCGAUUGCAAUAAUCAUCCAAUAGAGUGUCAGUUUUUCAGAACUUUAGAAUCUUUUUGUAUAGUAUUUAUACUUGUUUCUUAAUCGCAAAUUGCCCAAAUUUUUUCGCCGAUA